ACAAUUUCAUUGUUCAUUUGCUGACCUGGCAAUUUCAAUUCAAGUCGGUUCAUUGAUCAAUUUAUUCAAUCUCAUUGUUUAUAUAGUUUCAAAUUUUUCAAUCUAUAUUCUCAAUCAAUUUACUUCGCUUUGGUUCUUUCUUUUGUAGUUGGGCUAAAGAAAAAGAGAUGAAAAACUAAUAUUUAUGUUCUCUUCUCUUUUUUUUAAAUGAUUGGCUAGGAAUCACAUUAAGUGAUUUAUAUUCUGUUGUCUUAUUUUAUAUAGUUAUGUUAUGAAUGAAUAUACAAUAUAAAUAUAAACAACUACCUAGCUAGCUCCAUAAGUCUUCUCAAUAUUAUUCUUGUUUUCCUCUACACGGCAAAUAUAAAUAUACAAAAUAUAUAUAGUUAGUCAUAUAGGCUAGCUAGUGUGUUGAUACAGUAAUUGAGGAGCAUGGAAGGAGAAAACAGGAAGAGAAAAAUGUUGGAAGAUGAAGAAGAAAAUGAUGAUGAGAAAAUGGAGAAGUUCUUUGCCUUGAUAAAGAGUACAAGAGAUAUCCUCUCCAAAACAGACAAGAAGGUGGGUGAAGAAAAAAAGGAAAAGUGUAUUUGGAACCCAACGUUUCAACUUGAAGAUUUCAUUGCUUGUGAAGAAUUGGGAAAGAGUAAUGUUUCUGCUGCAGCUGGUCCUUCUUCACGGCAAGAAAAAGAGGUGAUGAUAAUAGAGAAAGAAUAUGUGCAAGAAGAAGUAGCUGCAAGUGCAACCACUACAACAGUGACACCAAAAAACCAAAAUGAAGACAAAGAGAAAGAAAAAGCAAGUGAUAAUAGCUUAGACUUAAAUCUUUCUUUGUAAUAAUACCAUACCAUAUGAAGGUUUGGCUACUACGUAGUAUCGACACUUUAGAAUUAAAUCGAACAUAUAUCUAGUGUCCGUUUGAUUACAUUCAAUUACUUUCAUUUCUCAAAUUAUUAUCCACGUCAACGUGUCUGUGUGACUGUGUCUGUGUUAGUGUUUCAUAUAUUGACUAUGUUGAUGAUAAUUUGCUGACGUUAAAUGUAUUGCCUUUCAUGAUUGGCCA